CAACUGUUUUAUUGUGAUCUGAAUUGUGACAUAAGAAUUCCAAAAUGUCGACAGGAUUUCGAUAUUCGUAUCGUGACAUCACAAAUCUUGAUAUCCGUCACAUCUAUAGUGGCAACAUAGUGUCCAGUGGCUAUCGCCUUCGACCACCUGUAUCCCAUGACGGAAUUAAUUACCUGGACAGAAUCCACGAAAACAUGAUACGAGCAAAGGCUUUUAAAUGGCCAGAAAAAUCAUUUGAAUAUAAUCGCAAAUAUAAAACCGUGAUGCCACGUGCGCCAGCAUUUGAGACGCUCUCCAGAAAGAAGGUAGAAAAUGUCGUGGAAAGGCUAACUAGUCCAAGUGAUACGAAUGAACCUAAAGAAGAGCAAGAGACGUCAGGAACGGAUAGUGAACCGACAGAAACUGUUGUUGCAACAGACGACAAACCUGUGACGUCAUCUGAGUCUAACAAAGCAAAGGGAAAGCAAGAUUCUGACAAAAAUGGUACCAGCAAUGUGUUUGACAGACUGUACCGCUCUAAGACUCAAAUCACUAUAUUAAGACAGCGGGAAAAGGUUGUCUUGCAACCAAAGUCAGCAACUUCAAAUAGGAAAGCUAAAAAGAAAUGAUACAGUCGGUAAAGAACGUUUUCUCAUCAACGGCGUAACUUAAGAGAUGAUACAAAAGUGACAUAUUUAUUUGUUUUGUUUUUAUUUAUCUUUUCAUUUGUAUUAAACA